GGGGACACUUUUCACAGACAGAUAGAUAUAUAAACAUAGACAGAUGUACCUGUAGACAUAGACUACUAGAUCUAGACAUAGACAGAUAGAUAGAUAUAAAAACUCAAGAACUACUUUUGUAUCAAACACAAUUCACAGUUAGAUUUAACAAAAACAUUAAAGGAAAAAUAGAUAAGUUAGACAAAGUAGACAGAUUGGAUGAAAAAAAAUACAUUUUUUGUUCGAGCAAAGACAAGGAUGGAUAGAUAGACGUCACAAAACAUGGGUCAGAUAUAAGAUAUUUAGACACAUAGACAGAACAGCAAGAUAGAGAUAGCCAAAUAGACAGAACAGCAAGAUAGAGAUAGCCAAAUAGACAGAACAGCAAGAUAGAUAGAAAAUAGACAGAAUAGCAAGAUAGAGAUAGACAGUAUACCUGGACACUGCGGGAUGGUGAAGAAAUGCAGUUUAUAUCUUGUUCUCCUUCUAUUACAAAGGAUUCAAGUAUCUCCAGCAUUCACAGUUGGUGGUAUGAAGUGCUACACUAGUGUAGAUGUUGAUGAUAAAGAAGAUGGUUCUGCUAGAUGUGAAGAAAGACGAGGUUUCAGAUCUUGUUUCACAAAAUAUGAUUCAGGACGGGGAUGUGCUACAAAAGACAAAAUAUUUGGAGAAGUCUGUGAGAACCAUCUAAUGGCGGGAAAACAGGAACGUAUCUGUUACUGUUCCAAGUUCCUCUGCAAUGGUUCCAGCUUGCACAAUCAGACACACUUUCUUAUCGUAAUAGUUUUAAUGCCUCUUGCUUUUUUAUUCCAUUGAUUUAUAGCUAUACUAGCUUGGGAACCCAGCUUGGCCCAGGGGAGUCAUAGUUGGUUUGACAGCCCCUUGUACGAUUUUAGCUAUUUUCCUGUUCAAAGUGGACCCACUCAGUUUGGAAUCUUAAAACCAAGCUAAAAACAUUCCCGUGGGUCUCCGGAGUUCCCCAAUCAAAAUGUUAGGUAAAUCAGUCCAGGGGUUCCUGAGUUAUGAUGGGACAAACAAACAAACAGAGAUUACAACUU